CUUACGAAGAAUACACGCGACGCUAAGGCGUAUUUCAGGGAAAUACUAGUCCAGCAAAAUGAGGGUGAAACGAGGAAGACCAGCCGUAAUUACGUCUAAGGUGAGCCUAAAUGCCUGCUCGUAAAUCAGCCCGGUUAAAGCAGCCCAGCCUCUCACCCUUGUUCCUUCAAGCUUUAUUCGCAUAUGCAGUUUUACAACAGUUUCUCAUCGCCGGUUAACUCGAUUCAGCUAGUUUCUACGAUUGUUUGAUGUUUUCAUCAAAUUCACCGGUAUCCCGAAGCGUAAUAUGUAUCAUCUGUGAAAUUCUGCAAAAGCUGGAGGUUUGCUUACUAAAAAAUUCAUUCAUAAUUUCUCUAGGCUAUUUCAGGUUCCACGUUUCGACCUCUUUGUGAAAUAUUUUCGUUUCUAGGGCAGAUACAUAUGUAUAGGUAUACACGAGUCGCGUUUCGUUUUAAUCUCGUCAUACAUUUAAUUUUCCUUUUAACGAUUAUGUAUAAUAUAUUUAAAAAUUUCUAGGAUCUCGUUUAGCUCGCUCCCUUCUACCCACCAACGAUCAAAUAUUAAAAUGUUUGAAUUAAUAAUCGGCUGGCAAUUCCCUCUUGACCGUGUCGAGUAGCGAUUGUAAAUAACAAUUGCAACAGAUUUAUCGACGAAUACUUGUACGACCAAUCGUUUCAAUGAACCCUCGAACGAGUACACAUACCCUCCAAUUACUCGUUUACUCGUUCGAAGAUUAUACGCUCUGUGUAUCUGCUCGAAAUAUAAGUACGAUAUUUCAGCAUAAAACGUUCGUACAAUCGUAUUUAUCCACUUCAGGCACGCGUUAUCUUGAAUUUACAGAAAGUAAAAAGGAUGAUUGUUACUCGGCUGACUGGUAGAGCUCUGCAAAGAAAGGAUUGAUCACAGACAGAAGCAACCCAAUUUCGAGCCUGCAAUUGUUCGAAAACCAUUAACUUUGCCCGGCGAAUCAAAUAAAUUGCGAAUACGUGCGAGUGCAAGGGUAAGACUUUUCCCGGCGAAAGCGAUGGGUACACGAAAGCGCUGUUACAACAGAGAGUCUAUUCUUGACGAGCCUCGAACAAAGCCUGACAGAGAAUACGAGCACCGAUUCUAUUUGAGCUUCGUCUUUCCCUCCUGAUCUGAUAUGCACAUUACCCUUUCAAUGAUGUUUCAACGAUCUUGAGGUGGUAUCCCUGACGACUGAGAGGGGAAAUUAUUUGUAGAGGAUGAAAUUAAGGAAUACGAUUGGAAAUGGAAGAAAGUGAAGCGAGUGUCGGAACAGGGAGAAAAUGCACGGCUCCUGCUCGUUCUUCAUCUUCGUCGACUUUGCAACACUGCGAACGAGAUUGCAACGUUGUUUUCGCUCGAACGACAAAAGGUAGAUCGAGAAAGCAGGAACAAUGGUAUCGCGAAACCGAAAGGCAAACGUCCUGGAACUGGUCCGAUGAAAAGAUGAAACUGCACGAGAAAAAGGAGUCCGGUAUACACAGGGUGCAGGAGAUUCCUCUGGAGGAGCUCGAACUGUCGAAGGAGUACGAUGUGGAGAAAACCCUUGGCGAAGGGAGCUUCGCGAAAGUUUUAUUGGCGACUCAUCGAGCGACCCGAACGAGGGUCGUGUUAAAAGCCGUCCAUCAGGAACUGACCACGGAGAAGGACUUUUUCCGAGAGUUUCACUACUCUUAUCAUCUUAGCCCGCACCCGAACAUUUUGUGCUCGUACGCGGUCGCGUUCAAAGCGGAAAAGUGUUUCGUUUUCGCGCAGGAAUACGCCCCGCACGGUGAUCUAGCGGCGAACGUUAAAGCCGGAGGACUGUCGGAGGAAGGUUGCAAGAGGAUCGCCGGUCAGCUUUGCUCCGCUCUCGAUUUCAUUCACUCGAAACAGCUGGCGCAUCGCGACAUCAAGCUAGAGAACGUGUUGGUAUUCGCCGCGGACAUGUCGAAGAUCAAGCUGUGCGAUUUCGGCUGCACGAGACGGGAGGGGACUCUGGUUAACAAGAUCCGAUGCACCUGGCUACCGUUUCAACCGCCCGAGAUCUACGACAUCGUGAAGAACGAGAGGUACGCUUGCAAGAGGAGCGCCGAUUGCUGGCAAUUCGGGAUAGUGCUGUUCGUAUGUCUAACAGGAAAUCCGCCCUGGCAGAGCGCCGACCUGAUCCAGGACCCGGAGUACUCGGCCUUUCAGAGAUGGCUCAAGAGGAGAACCACCAAAAUUCCGCCCACUUUCAGACGAUUCACGCCGAGAUUAUUGCGAUACUUUAGGCGAACGUUCGAACACAAACCGGAGAAGAGGCCGCACGUAACUGAGAUCAACAAGUAUCUGAAAGACUCGUGGUGCGUGAACAAGAUAAGUCACAGCGCGACUUCCACGUCGGUGGACGCGAGCGAGACGAUCGCAAGGAAGGGCGACAGUUUGCUGUACCUGGACACGAUCCUUGAUGAUCAAAGGAACGUGGAUGAGAACAAGAACAAGCUUAGAAAACUUCUCAACAGUUACGGCCUCGAGACGACGAUCGAUCAGAAGGUCGUUACCAAAAGGAUCUGGGAAUGGGUGAUGCAGUGCGAUUCGAACACCGCCGAGCCAGCUUUCGUAGGUAGCCUCGGCACGGAGACCAUGUGAGGGAUGGUGAAAGCUUCCAGCGAACCAUGUCUCCGAAGCGAUCGCCGUGAAAGAAAGUACAGUUUCGGUGGUUUCAAUGGAUCCCACGAUGGACACUCGCCAUCUCUGGUGCACCGUGACAAAGCAACGUUCGAAAGAACUCGUCUGUAUCGAGAUUAGAACGCGUUAGUGUCUUUCUUAUCCGAGGUUCGAACGAUCACCGUACAUGGACGCGAAAAUACGUGUGAUAACCCCUUCAUUCGGUACCCUAUCCUCGUUCCUCUCCCUUCGCAUCGUCACCUACGUUCGCCUACAUCCAAUUCUUACCCCCUUUCCCUCUCCUUCUUCUCCUGCAUCAGUUUUCUCUACGAGCGGACCAAUUAUCGAUGAAUCUAUCGCGGAUGUACAUAUACGUGCGUGUCCACGCACCCAUGCGAAACACGUGCGCACCCAUACGUGUAUAUACAUAAUUAUGUAUUUACAUACGACGCCUUUCGCACAUUUCCUGUCGCAUGACACAGCUUCGAAACGACAAUUGCCGAAAGGUUGCUCGCCAACAGCCGAAUUCGCAGGCGAUUCUCCUCCAAUUUUUCCUUUUUUUUUUUCUUCUUUUCUUUUUCUUUCCAGUAUAAAGAAUACGAAACGAAUGUGAUAACAAAAACUCGUUAAGACUGCGGCGAAUGAGAGCGUAACUGCGAUCGGUGUUUUCGGUGUCGACUAUAGAGACAAUAAUGACUGCGGAUUUCCUAGUAAUUUAUUACGUUACGAUAAUUAAUAUAGUCUAACGAACAGUAACCGGUAGAAGUCACUGUACGAGGCCUUGCGUGAGAUCGUUUUAUCGGGAUAGUUGUUUGGAAAAGAAUAGAAAGACGAGCGUGGUAAACGCUCGUUUCAGACGAGAACCAAGAUGGUUGAGGAUUUUUGAAAAUCUUUGUAUACAGGUCGAGCGACACGUUUAGCGUUACUAAAUAAUACAGUGCAUUCGUACACAUAGCGCGCAUAUAUUCUUCUAGCAAUUUAUCGGUAGGAGUGAAUAUAGAAAAAAUAAAAAAAAAAUGAUCGAUGAUGCAGUUUGGUAGAGCUCUCUUAUUACAAAACGUGUGUGACACAAUUCUUUCCUCGCGUCUGUUGAUUAAAAUCGACGAAACCGUGUCGAAAGUCGAAAGGAAAGAAAGGUGUGACAAAAAUGACGCGUUAGGCCUCCGUUAACGCGAAGCAAUGUUUUCUAUAUAAAAACAUUAUCGAAAUAAACGCAUUAAAAAUGAA